GUAGAAAAUCUAAUGCAUCCCAUGAUUAUAAAAGGCUAGGUAUGGUUCCAUUUUUUAUACAUUAAGAAAAUGGCAGAAGCAUCAUCCACUAACAGCGGUCUUAGGUUAGCCGGCAAAGUAGCCAUCGUCACCGGAGGUGCCAGCGGCAUUGGCAAAGAGACGGCACAUCUCUUUGCCGAACAAGGUGCACGCAUGGUGGUGAUUGCCGACAUCCAAGACGAGUUGGGCAAUCAAGUGGCUGCAUCCAUUGGCAGUCGCAAGUGCACCUACAUUCAUUGUGAUAUAGCAAAUGAAGAUCAAGUUAAAAAUCUCGUUCAAUCAACUGUCAAUGCUUAUGGACAGAUAGAUAUUAUGUUUAGCAAUGCUGGGAUUGCAAGUCCAUCUGAUCAGACUAUUUUGGAACUCGACAUUUCUCAAGCCGACCAUGUGUUUGCAGUUAACAUUCGAGGAACGACAUUGUGUGUGAAAUACGCGGCACGUGCGAUGGUGGAGGGGCGCGUGAGGGGUAGCAUUGUGUGCACAGCGAGCGUAUUGGGUAGCCAAGGUGUCUUGAGGUUAACCGAUUACACAAUAUCGAAGCAUGCAAUAAUAGGGUUGAUGCGCUCAGCGAGUGUGCAACUUGCAAAAUACGGGAUAAGAGUGAAUUGUGUCUCGCCAAAUGGAUUAGCAACACCAUUGACUAUGAAAUUGUUAGGGGCAAGUGCUAAGACAGUCGAGUUGAUUUAUGAACAAAACAAGAGGUUGGAAGGAGUGGUUCUCAACACUAAACAUGUUGCAGAUGCUGUGUUGUUCUUGGUAUCUAAUGAAUCUGACUUUGUCACUGGCCUUGAUCUUCGUGUGGAUGGCAGCUAUGUUUAUGGCAAAUAUGAACUAUUAUAAAUAAGAAAAAAAAUGUUUGUAUUUCUAUCGAAUUUGUUUGAAGGAUAAAAAAAUUCCUCACACUUCUAGGCGGAGUGUUAGAGGUGUAUGGAGUGAUGUAUAUGAAAUAAAUGUAAUAAAUAAAUAGCAUAAAUAAAAAAUAAACUAUAUCAUGGGCUUUGGACCCAUUUAUUUAAUAUAA